AUGUUAUCUCUUUGUUGUAAGAGAAUUCAAAUUGAAGGAAAAGUUCCAAUUCUUAUUACUGAUAUGCAACAAAGUUCAAAAUCUAACUUCAAUGAAAUUGGUACAUUAAUUACCCCAAAUGAAUUUAAUGAAAAUUAUAAAGAACAAUUAAAUUCUGUUUUAAAUAAUUAUCAAAUGGUAUUACAAACAUUAUUAGAUAUGAAAUUUUAUAAAGACUUUGUUGUUCCUGAUUGUCCUAAUAGGAGAGUGUUUAAUAUUAAUCAAUAUAUAUCAUUAGUUAAAGAAAUACUUGAGUCAAUUCUUUCACUUGUUAUAAAUCCAGUAACAUGGAGAGACUCAACAACCCUUCUUCCUAAUUAUUGUAGUAUUAGAAAAAUGACAAGAAUGUUUCAAGUAGCUAUUCAUUUUUCGGUUAAUUUGAUUUUAUUAAUUCCACCAACAGCAUUACGUACUUCAAUUUAUGUUAAUUGUCUUCAAACAUUAAAUUGUUAUCAAAAUUUAUUAUAUCAUCUUUAUAUGAAAAAGAAAUCAAUAGAAGAAAGUAUAGAAGAACUUAGAAAAUCAAUAUCACAUUAUUUAGAAUGUAUUAUUGAAGCAGAUGAAGACAAAUGGGUUGUAGAAUUAGAUGAAUUUAGAAAAUGGUUAAACGGGUUGAGCUUAGAGUCUAUUCCAAUAAACACAACAAUACCUAAAGAAAAUAUAAUGAAUCAACUAAAACCACUAUUUCAUGAAGUACCAAAUUUAUUGUAUAAUAUUAGAAUGGCAUGUGAUACUGUUUCAUUAGAAGGACUAAAAGACUUAAUAGCUAUAUUUAAAACCAAAGUAAUUAGUUUUAUUGGACUAAUACAAGGAUUAAUUACAGAUGAACGUUCCAAAGAAUUUCUUCGAUGUCAAUUUAUUAAUUUUAAUCGUGGAUUAGAGUCAUAUAUUGAAAGAGCAGAAGUAUUAAGUUUUGAGCCAACAUAUAGAACAGAAAAAUAUUGGGAUUAUUCUAAAACUGUUUUAGCAAUGUGGAAUAUUGUUUCUAUAGUUAUUGAAGACAAUCCAAUUAAUAAUAAUAAUGAUUAUUUUCUUAUUUAUCAAUGUGGUAUGGAAGAUGAUAAUUUUGUUAUUAGAGAUGAGAAUGGAAUAAUUGUUGAAAAUCCAUGUAUAUAUUGCGUUUAUAAAGAUGGAUUAUCUACAAUUAUUAAAGAAGGAAUUUAUAGAUUAAAAACAAAUUAUAGUGAUUUUAUUGAAAUGCAUUCAAAAGAUUUCUUAAUGGUAUUUAGUAAAUUCUUACAUUUAUUAUCUGCUUCAUAUCUUCAUCCAAAUGUUUUUAGUAAAUUUGUAAAACAGUUUCAGAUUAAACAACGUGAUGUUCAAUUAUUUAAUCCUUUAAAAGAACUUUUUAUUCGUAUCGAAAAUUUUAUCCAAAAAUUGAUUAUAUUUUAUAGAAUUAAUACUUCGAGAGAUCCAACUUCAAUUGUAUAUGACACAUGUCAUGCACAGAAAAGAGUUGUUGAACAAUUAAUGGUACUUGUAAGACUUUGUCUUUUACAUGGUCAAAUUUAUUCUCCAAUUUACGUUCAAAUGAUUGAUGAAUUUCAGAAAUUCAGAGAAAUGGUAUAUGGAUUAUUACUUCGUCAAUUUCAUCGUUUAAAUGAAGAAGUUAAACAUUCUAAUGCAAUUGAUGAUGAAAUUCAAGGUUCAUUUUUUGGUGCAAAACAACGACAAGUGGUAUAUACUCUUCUUUUUGAAGAACAUGUUGAUUGUUCUGAAAGUGCUGAUAUUCCAAUUCAAAUAAAAGAAUUAGAAGAAGAGGUGGUUAGUAGUGCUGAAGAAUUCUGA